AUGGCACUUGUCGAAACUUCUGCAGGAUAUGCGCCUGUGGAAGAGAGAAAACCAUUUGAAGAACCCCCCGCAGUUAAAGAUGCCAUGGAACGUGGAGCUAUUGCUGUGAAUGGCAAACCGGUCGAAUCAACUUCGCAGAUUAUAAAGAAUGGAGACGUUAUAUCACAUACCCUGCAUCGGCAUGAACCCCCUGUUACAGCUCUUCCAAUAUCAAUUGUGCAUGAAGACGAAGAUAUCAUCGUCAUAAACAAACCUUCCGGCGUUCCGGUCCACCCUGCCGGCCGGUACAACUAUAACUCUGUAGUUGAAAUCAUGAGAGCUGAGCGCGGACAUGGCUGGAAUCCCUUACCGUGUAAUAGGUUGGAUAGGUUAACUAGUGGCAUUAUGUUCAUUGGAAAGCAUGCGAAGGCUGCAGAAGCACUAAGUUUACAAAUAUCAGGGCGCACUGUCAGAAAAGAAUAUAUAGCACGAGUAAAAGGAAAGUUUCCGGACGGAGAAGUGGUUUGUGACAUGCCAAUCCUGCAGAUAUCGCCGAAAUUGGGACUGAAUCGUGUUCGGGCGAGUGGUAAAGCCGCUCGCACAGUCUUCAAGCGCCUAGCAUAUUAUCCGCCGGAAAACCUAGAACAAGUUGAGGACAGCUCCGAGCCGAUGGAGCCAGACAAGUCGAAACCAUCGAUGAACAAGGAGGGCUAUUCGAUCGUUAGAUGCCUUCCGGUCACAGGACGUACACAUCAACUCAGGGUUCAUUUACAAUUUUUGGGUCAUCCUAUUGGUAAUGAUCCUAUAUAUUGCAACCAACGCGUAUGGGGGACACGGCUUGGGGAAAAUGAUUCUGAUGCAACUCAAGAUACGGAUGAAGAUAUUAUAACUCGUCUUUCAAGGAUGGGCAAGUCAGAAGUUGCUGAUGCUGUAGCCUACCAUGAUGAGAUGGUAGACGAAUACAACAAGAAAAAGGCCGAGAAGAUGUCCGGAGAGCUAUGCGACAUAUGUCAGACCCCUUUAUAUACCGAUCCGGGUGAGCAGGAGCUAUCCCUGUGGCUCCACAGCCUUCGCUAUGAAGAUGCUGGGGGAUCUUGGAGUUAUGUGAGCCCUCUCCCAACAUGGGCUUUACCUCCUGUCGGUAUGGAUGGACCGACAGAAGUUGGAGGUAUGGAAGAGCUGGUCAAGGCCGUCAAGGAAGACAACCCUGAAAUUGCAUGA